AUGGCUACCAAGGGGUACAAACUUCUCUGCUUGGAGAACCCUCUCCUCGACAUUCAGGCCUUUGGCAAUGACGCACUUCUCGAGAAGUACGGUCUCAAGGCCAAUGAUGCUAUCCUGGCCGAUCCCGAGAAGCACCUAGACCUCUAUGAGGACCUCCUCAACAACUACGAUGCCAAGCUGAUUGCCGGCGGUGCCGCCCAAAACACGGCCCGCGGUGCCCAAUACAGGCUUCCUGCUAACAGCGUUGUCUACUUGGGCGGCGCCGGCGACGACAAGUACUCCGCGAUCCUACGGGACGCCUGCAAGCAGGCCGGCCUCCGUGUCGAGUACCGCGUCGACCCCAAGAUCCCCACCGGCCGUUGCGGCGUCGUCAUCACCGGCCACAACCGUAGCAUGUGCACCGACUUGGGCGCUGCUAACCACUAUGAUCUCGAGCACCUGAAGCGCCCCGAUAUCUGGGCACUCGUUGAAGAAGCUGAGGCGUAUUACAUUGGCGGCUACCACUUCACUGUCUGCCCUCCUGCCAUCAUGGAGCUCGCCAACCAGGCCGCCAGCAAGAACAAGCCUUUCAUUCUGUCGCUCUCCGCACCCUUCAUCCCCCAAUUCUUCAAGGAGCCGCUCGACGCCUCUGCGCCCUACUGGGAUUACGUGAUUGGCAACGAGACUGAGGCGGCUGCCUACGCCGAGUCGCACGAGCUCGGCACUCAGGACGUGAAGGAAAUUGCCAAGAAGCUGGCGAACCUGCCAAAGGCCAACUCGCAGCGCAAGCGCGUGGCCAUCAUCACGCAGGGCACCGAACCGACCCUGGUCGCCGUCCAGGGCGAGGACGUGGUAAAGGAGGUCCCCGUGCACGAGAUCCCCAAGGAGAAGAUCAACGAUACCAACGGCGCCGGUGACGCCUUCGCUGGCGGUUUCUGUGCCGGUAUCGUCAGCGGCAAGUCUCUGGACGAGAGCGUUGAUAUGGGCCAAUGGUUGGCGCGGCUGAGCAUCCAGGAGCUUGGUCCUUCAUACCCCUUCCCUCAACAAACCUACCAGCGCCAGUAG